AUGGAGUUUGACUCGCUCGUUUCCGUUCGCAUUCGCGAGUGGUUCCUGAAAGAGCUGGGAGUCAACGUGCUUGUGUUGAAGCUUAUGUCGACCAACCACACUCUAUCGCGAGCAGAGUCGCAGACAGCGAAAGCUCAUGACAACCCACAAAUGGAUUGGCAGAAGGAAGUUGCUGGGCUUACCGAAGGGAUACCUUCCCUCAUUCCGCCAGGCGGUUACUCGGCCAAGGACGUGCCUUAG